GACACGGCAAAAACGUAUGCUGCCAAAUUAACCCAUCGAAUAGACUAUAGCCUAUUAUACGCUAAUAAUCAUAAAAAAUCAAUCAGCCUUAUCAGCGAUAAAUCAUUAAGUCAGCUGCUCUGCCACCCCUGCUCUAUCUCUCUCUCUCCCUGCUCACUCAUUUGUAACCACCCACUUGAACCGGAACCGUUUCUCGGGAUUUGCAGCCCUCCCUGACGGUCUAUCGCCCUGACAGCCAGCCACAACACCGAUCCUCACACCGCUCCGUGCCCGUCGCCGUUCAUCUCUGGAGCCUGGAGCAGGAUGCGUCCUCUUUAACGAUGACUGGGAUAGCGGUGGCAGGUCGGUCCGUUGCAUACAUUUGCUACUACCGGUGGAAGUGACAUAUACUCACCCCUAAGUGACAGCCCGUCCGUGGGCGCCGACGAUUGACAGGAUACAUGGGCUCCGCUACGGAUGCACCCUACGCGCUCUGGUGAUCUAUGGUGACCGACUGGGCUCGGUGGGGUUGGUGACCCAUCGUUUCAGCUCUCUUUUCAGCAAAAAAAAAGGAUAGUGCAUUUAGGCCUACACCUCUUACUUCCAGGGUGGAUAAAGGGGAAAGAUGGGGAGCACGACCUCUUGCUGCGUUUCUGCCAGCCCAAAGCUCCGCAGAAAUGCCCACUCCAGGCUGGAGUCGUACCACCAGGAGUCGGAGCUGAGUAGGGAGGAGACGGGAUGCAACCUGCAGCACAUCAGCGACAGGGAGAACGUCGACGAGUUGAAUAUGGAGUAUAAUCCAUCAGACCAUCCGCGAGCCAGCACCAUAUUCCUCAGCAAGUCCCAGAACGAUGUGCGUGACAAACGAAAGAGCCUCUUCAUCAAUAAUCACGGAACAACGAGGCGGAAAUACAGCUCCUGCUCCACCAUCUUUCUAGAUGACAACACGGUCAGCCAGCCCAACCUCAAAUAUACCAUCAAAUGUGUCGCUCUGGCAAUUUAUUACCAUAUAAAAAACAGAGACACAGAAGGAGGAAUGCUGCUAGAUAUCUUUGAUGAGAAGCUUCACCCUCUUUCAAAAUCUGAGGUGCCGCUGGACUACGACCAACAUGAUCCAGAGCAGAAGCAGAUCUAUCGGUUCGUCAGGACGUUGUUCAGCGCCGCUCAGCUCACGGCUGAGUGCGCCAUCGUCACACUGGUCUACCUGGAGAGGCUCCUGACGUAUGCAGAGAUCGACAUCUGUCCGGGGAACUGGAAGAGAAUCGUUCUGGGUGCCAUCCUGCUGGCCUCUAAGGUCUGGGACGACCAGGCUGUCUGGAACGUCGACUACUGCCAGAUUCUUAAGGACAUCACAGUGGAGGACAUGAAUGAGCUGGAGCGCCAGUUUCUGGAGCUCCUGCAAUUUAACAUCAACGUGCCCUCCAGUGUCUACGCCAAGUAUUACUUUGACCUGCGAUCACUUUCAGAGUCCAACAACCUCAGCUUCCCCCUGGAGCCACUCAGCAGGGACAAGGCCCAAAAGCUAGAGGCUAUUUCCAGGCUAUGUGAUGACAAGUACAAGGACGUGCGGAGAGCUGCCAGGAAGCGCUCGGCCAGCAUGGACAAUCUAUGUGGGAUCAGAUGGGUUCCCGCAAUCCUCUCCUAACCACUAUUAAACUGCCAUAUACUGAACACUAGCAUCGAGCUAUGGACACUGGCUGGAUGAAAAAACUGAAAAAGCACAGUGGAAACAGAUCAGCAUGACCCUGUCUAGCUGAAGAACUGCAGUUUGGAUACCACAGUGUGGAACUCCGCAUUGUGAAACAGUGAUUUUAAACCUGAAACUAACCUCUGAACCUCAGAUCUUCAAAUUGGAGGCCAGAAAUCGAAACCACAUCCGAAGUUUUUUUUGGGAGGAGGGUGAGGUGAACUCUGGAGAGUUUUCUAACUUAACCUGAUGCCUUCACAGUGCCUCAACUCUUCUGUACAUGAAGACACAAAGAAAGAAGAAACGCUGGUUGUGGAGAAAAACCUGGCUUUGGACCAACCAAGGAAGUCCUGGACAAGACAGCCUUGAAAACCACUUAGGACAUGGCAUUGUGAACCUGUCUUAAUGUAAAAACUCUCUGUUCAUUUUUCUGGUUUAGCCCAGACCAUCUGUGUCUGGCCUAAUUAGAAAGAUCUGACAUACAAUAACCUGCCUUUGAGAUGGCACUGCAACUUUACAAUGAAGAAUAUUAUUUAUUUCACUUUUUUAUUUGAACUUUUCAAGUUGCACCUGCCUGAACCCGCAGUACCUGCAGAAUUAAAAAAAACAAAACACUCGUGUAGCACAGGAAUUUCUACCGUGUUCUCAAGUUUUCUUCUUUGGGAACCUUUAUAAUCAAGGUUUACAGUAUUUCUAGCGUACCUCUUGAUACUCAGGUAGUCUGUUUAAUAUUUUGAGUGAUAGUGAUGAUCCUCAUUUGAGUCAUACUAAAGGUUGAAUUAUGAAGAGUGACAAACACUGCAAAUGGAAAGGGCCAGAAUGAAUAAAGAAUUGUGACAACAUUCCCACAGAUAUUAGUGUGAUCAGUACAUUCGUAUUUUGGGGUUACGCACAAUCAAACAAUAAAAAACUUUUUUUUCUCAGAUUGUAUAACAUCAAGUAUAGACCAGAGUGUUCAGUUUUCAUUACAAUUUGAUCAUAUCUUAACAUGACUCUGUUAAGAGUUCUUAAAAGUUUGUCAAUUUAUUUUUCUCUCAAGACAAUUACAACUUUUAUGCUUGGAGGCUUUCAGUAGAAUAAAGCACAUCUCUCUGCUGACAUCUAGUGGAUAUUUGAGUAUUGCAGAAAAACAAUCAAUCCGGGUUGUUGUGAUUCCAAGGUCCACCCAAAUUUCUAGUGAUAUCUGUUGGAGUACAUUGGAGGUGAAUGUAAUUAUUUUGUGCUGCUCAAAACAUUGAAAAAUUGCAUUUAAGCAUUCAACAUCAACAUUUCUGUCCCAAAACAGUGUCCCUGUUAAUCAAAAGACCAUCACUGUGAAUGGUUUUCAUGUUGACAGUGAAGUCUGUGAUGGUCAGAUAUGUUGACACUCGGCAAAUAAUAAAACAUGUUGUAGCACCUUCAAAAUUAAUUCAGCACCAAAAUAUAUUACUGUCACUGUAAAACAAACUUUUUGGUCACAUGCUUUUGCUUCUCAACCGUGGAAUAAAAACAACCAAAAAACCUCCAAAAUACUCAUCGCCAAAAUCUGGGUAUAUUGAUCUGACAAAAUACACUCUGUAGUAGUUUAAUUUUUAUUCAUUCAGUAUUAUUAAACUACAGUAGAUGACACUCAUAGUACAAUAUUGCAUCUACAGACUAUCGGAACAAAAUCUAAAAUGAAAAACGGCUGAUUUCCCAGUGUCUUUAUUUCCCGACUGACCCUUUCACAGUGCUGUCACUGAAAAAAUCUGUUUGAUUGCUGUUCAUAAUUUAACUUAGAUUGAAAGAGUGCAUUCAUACAUACAUACAGAUAUCUCUGGGAUAAGGUGUUUCUUCAAACCCUUUCAAAACUCCAAUAGAAACAAACCAAACAAAGCUGUUUUCCUGAGUUCACAUUUUAUUACCAGGUCAUAAGACAGUAUCUCUUUUGCUGUAGGAAAGGAAACACAGAUUUUUGUUGAUGCUUUGGACCAAGAGUUUUCUCUAUUGUUUCUAGCAUGUGUUUUUUUUGUUAUUGUCGUUAGAAACAUCAAGUUGUCACGGGUAUGAUCUACUAGUGAUCUACUAUCGCUAGUGUGUGACCAACAACACCAUGUAUUCUGUUGAUCUGCAAGCGUGUGCCUGGAUAAAGGUGCAGGCUGCGGUUUAUGCCCCGAUAUUCAGAAUCAGGAUCAUUCAGGAUCAGUAAAAGGAUACUGAAUAAGUCACUAAGGGUGUGUUCAUUCAAGACAAAGAUAAACUUUAAUUGCCUUUAAAUUUCAGGGACAUCCUUUUGCUAUUUGGGAAUACUAACCAAACAGAAAUUGGAAUACAUUUACAUUUAUACUAUAUAUAUACAUUUAUAUAUAUAAACAUUUUAGCACACUUGUCUUCUUGUCAGUGAAUUCUCGUUAUGAACCGAAGUGAAUUCUGUCAAGAUAAACCCUGACUGCUGAGCCAAGUACUUAAUUGUGUUGAAAACUGCUGACAAAUGUAUUAUUUUUUACUUCCAUUGUGCAUCUAAUUUCAAUCUAAUUGCUAUUGGCAGAUCGACUUAUAAGAUUUUCAUAUUUGUUUUUUUUUCUCAUUUGUCUGAAAACUAAAGCAGUAACAUAUAAUAAUUUUGCAAAAUAACUUUGUACAGUGUAUAAACAGUUUAAACAGCUGAGAUAAGAUAAUGGUGAAUUAUUUAUGGAUGUGUUGAAUUGUGUUUUUUAAUAAAAAAAUGCCCUUGUCUAAUAAUUGUUUAUAAUA